AUGAACCAGUUUACUGCUCUUUCGCAAGCUGCUAGCUUCACCGAGAAUCUCUCCCUGGAGGGAGUCAAGUCCCAACUGCAGGCUGCCAGAAGCAAACUGGCCUCGCUGAGGCCGCCCCAAGAGUUCUUCAACUUGCGCGCCGUGUCCAAGCCAGCUAACAUGUCAGAGAUCCAGCAGCGUGUCAGCUACAACUUGGGCUACUACUCGAGCAACUACGCCCUUGUCGUCGCCAUGCUCUCCCUCUACACCCUCUUCACCAACUUGCUUCUCCUCUCCGUCAUCGUGUUCGUGUUCGUGGGUGUGUGGGGGAUCGGGAAGUUGCAAGGCCAGGAACUGACUACGCCGUUUGGUGUGUUCCAGCCAACGCAGCUGUACACCGCGCUGCUGUGUGUCGCUGUGCCACUAGGGUUCUUCGCGUCCCCAAUCUCUGCAAUGCUGUGGCUCGUCGGUGCCUCUUCAGUAACCAUCUUCGCACACGCGUCCCUCAUGGAGAAGCCAAUCGAAACAGUCUUUGAAGAACAGGUUUAG